AUGGAAAGCCACAAAAAAGACAAGUGGGAAGCUCUUACGACGGUAAAAUCAUUUGAUUUAGGUAUAGCUCGCAACAGCCAUCACGAAGCCAUAUUCAGUCAUGGCAUCCAACAGGUAGACAUUGUCAACAGUACAGCAACAACACCCAUUAGUCUAAAAAACUCUGAGGAUUUAACACUGCAACAUAGUGACUCCAGUGACUCUGCAGGUUUUGGUAGUUCAUUUGUAUCUGAAUGCAACUACCCAGCUACCUGGAGUCACAUUGAUGUCAUCAUAGAUAUGUUCACUCAGCUGGUUAGGGGACUGCAUUAUAUCCAUUCACGAGGAGUUAUUCACCAUGAUAUAAAGCCAAGUAAUGUGUUUGUUGGACAAAGUGAAACUGGCUUGCUGGUGCAGCUUGGGGACUUUGGCCUUGCAUGCCCACUUCAGCAGUCACACAGCGGAUUGGCACUUGGUACACACUUAUAUGCUGCUCCUGAACAGUUGGAUGGACAGUGUAAUCCAAAGAGUGACAUGUACAGUCUUGGCAUAAUACUCUUGGAGAUGGUUGAGAGAUUCAGCACUGAAAUGGAACGAGUUAAAACCAUUACAGACUUAAGGAAGGGUCAGAUACCAGCCCGUUUGACUGCUAAUUUUCCUAAAAUAGCUCACAUUAUUGGUAAACUGGUGCAAUGGAGACCUACAAAGAGGUUGGAUACAAAACAGCUUUUGGAUGAGCUAAAAUACCUUUCAGAGGAUAAAGAUGACACCAUCAGAUCAUUGAAAGAAGAAUUGGCCGCGAAAGACGACGAAAUUGCGAAAUUAAAAAUGAUGUUAGCUAAAUACAACCCAGAA